AUGUCGUGGGUUCCUGUCGCAGCCGCUAUUGCUGCUGCUCUCGCUGCGGUCUUCGUGGGCUACAAGUUCUUCGCCGGUGGUGCGCCCUCGUCACGAAAGAUCCUCAAGCCGGACACCUUCCAAGAAUUCCCUCUCAUCGACAUCAAGAAGACCUCUCACAAUGUCGCCAUCUACCGAUUCGGUCUUCCCAAGCCCACCGACAUUCUUGGUCUUCCCAUCGGGCAGCACAUGUCCCUCGCUGCGACGCCCAAGGGUGCUGAAAAGGAGGUGGUGCGGUCAUACACUCCCAUCUCUUCAGACGAAGACCAGGGUUGGUUUGAGCUCCUGAUCAAGGCAUAUCCUCAGGGAAACAUCAGCGCGCACAUGGCCACCUUGAAGAUUGGUGAUACCAUGAAGGUACGGGGACCAAAGGGAGCCAUGGUCUACACUCCGAAUCUUUGCAAGCGCAUUGGUAUGAUUGCUGGUGGUACUGGCAUUACUCCUAUGCUUCAAAUCAUCCGAGCCAUCAACCGUGGGCGACCUAGAAAUGGAGGCAACGACACCACCAAGGUUGACUUGAUUUUCGCUAACGUUAAUCCUGAUGAUAUCCUUCUCAAAGAACAGCUCGAUGCUCUGGAUAGGGAAGACCCAGACUUUAAUGUGUAUUAUGUCCUGAACAACCCACCUACGGGCUGGACUGGCGGUGUUGGUUUCGUCACUCCAGACAUGAUCAAGGAGAAACUACCUCCUCCAGCAGCAGACAUGAAGAUCCUGAUCUGCGGGCCUCCCCCUAUGGUCAGUGCUAUGAAGAAGGCGACAGAAAGCCUCGGAUACCAGAAGGCUCGACCCGUCAGUAAGCUGGAAGACCAAGUCUUUUGCUUCUAG